GGAAGAGGAGCCGCGGCCGGACUCCGGAGCUCUCUCGGGAAGUGGGUCCAGGCUGAGCAGGGGGAUGGCGCCCUAGGCGCUGGGAGGGAUGGAGGUGGGCGAGGGGCCUUGCGAAAGGCAGGAGGGAUCGGGUCAACCUCUGGAAGUUCGUCAUCUGAAAGGGGGAUCAGAGAUUGCGGACGAAGAGACUACCCAGGACUUGGCACAGUUAACUUGGAGGAAUUCGGGGAGCGGGGACGGGAAUACACUGGAAGUAGCUGAUGGACUUAGUAGCCAGAAGUAGGGAAAAUCCUACUUCUCUGCAUCUGAAAAGGCCGGGAUGGAAGAGUGUUUAGUGAAGGUAAAUGAACUCAAAGAAAAGGGCAACAAGGCCCUGAGUGCUGGCAACAUCGAUGACGCGUUGCAGUGCUACUCGGAAGCCAUUAAGUUAGACCCCCAGAACCACGUGCUCUACAGCAAUCGUUCCGCAGCCUAUGCCAAGAAAGGAGACUACCAGAAGGCUUACGAGGACGGCUGCAGAACCGUGGACCUGAAGCCUGACUGGGGCAAGGGCUAUUCUCGAAAAGCAGCAGCUCUUGAGUUCUUAAACCGAUUUGAAGAAGCCAAGCAAACCUAUGAGGAGGGUUUAAAACAUGAAGCAAACAACCCCCAGCUCAAAGAAGGGUUACAGAAUAUGGAGGCCCGGUUGGCAGAGAGGAAAUUCAUGAACCCUUUCAACAUGCCUAAUCUAUACCAGAAGUUGGAGAGUGAUCCCAGGACAAAGAUUCUGCUCGCUGAUCCUACCUACCGGGAAAUGAUAGAGCAGCUGCGGAACAAGCCCUCCGACCUGGGCACGAAAUUGCAAGAUCCCCGGAUCAUGACUACUCUCAGCGUCCUCCUUGGGGUCGAUCUAGGUGGUAUGGAUGAAGAAGAGGAAGUUGUGACACCUCCACCGCCGCCUCCUCCCAGAAAGGAGACAAAACCAGAGCCAAUGGAAGAAGAUCUUCCAGAGAAUAAGAAGCAGGCACUGAAAGAAAAAGAGCUGGGGAAUGAAGCCUAUAAGAAGAAAGACUUUGACACAGCCUUGAAACACUAUGACAGAGCCAAGGACCUGGACCCCACCAACAUGACUUACAUAACCAACCAAGCAGCCGUGUACUUCGAAAAGGGCGACUAUGGUAAAUGCCGGGAGCUUUGUGAGAAGGCCAUUGAAGUGGGGCGAGAAAACCGAGAAGACUACCGACAGAUUGCCAAAGCUUACGCUCGAAUUGGCAACUCCUAUUUCAAAGAAGAAAAGUACAAGGAUGCCAUCCAUUUCUACAACAAGUCUCUGGCAGAGCACCGAACCCCAGAUGUGCUCAAGAAAUGCCAACAGGCAGAGAAAAUCCUGAAAGAGCAAGAGCGGCUGGCCUACAUAAACCCUGACCUGGCCUUGGAGGAAAAGAACAAAGGCAAUGAAUGUUUUCAGAAAGGGGACUAUCCCCAGGCCAUGAAGCAUUAUACAGAAGCCAUCAAACGGAACCCAAAAGAUGCCAAAUUGUACAGCAAUCGAGCUGCCUGCUACACCAAACUUCUGGAGUUCCAGCUGGCACUCAAGGACUGUGAGGAAUGCAUCCAGCUAGAACCGACCUUCAUCAAGGGUUAUACACGGAAAGCAGCUGCCUUGGAAGCGAUGAAAGACUACACCAAAGCCAUGGAUGUCUACCAGAAGGCACUCGACCUGGACUCCAACUGUAAGGAGGCCGCAGAUGGUUACCAGCGCUGCAUGAUGGCCCAGUACAACCGACAUGACAGCCCCGAAGAUGUGAAGCGGCGGGCCAUGGCCGACCCUGAGGUGCAGCAGAUAAUGAGUGACCCGGCCAUGCGGCUCAUCCUGGAACAGAUGCAGAAGGACCCCCAGGCGCUCAGCGAACACUUAAAGAAUCCUGUGAUAGCGCAGAAGAUCCAGAAAUUGAUGGAUGUGGGUCUGAUCGCAAUUCGGUGAUGACUUGCUCAUCGUGCCCCUUCCCUUCGCCCUCACGUGGAAAGAGGAGCUGGGACCGCGGCAAGCAGCACGGAGCAGAAGGGAGAGAAGGGGAAACAAGUGAACAACGUAUCUAUAUAUUUAUACAGACGUACGAGGAAGAUUCAGAGACUUGUACUCGCGUAUUCGUGCAGCCGCUGCCUCUGGGCCCUCCCAGCACACGCAUGGUCUCCUUCCCCUGCCCCCAGUCGCUGUCUCAGCUGCUCUCCCAUAGUUGGUUAUUUUUUAUUUGGGGCAGUGGGCUUGUAAGGGGAGGGGAGGGUGUUCUUCCCAACCUCAGGUCCCAACUGUCUUCACGUUGUUAACUCCACGUCCUCUUCUCCAAUAAAACAAGCCAGUCAGGCGUGGUUAUACACUG